GGUGGUCACAACCAAAGAUAGACCCAGCUUGGUCAAGUGCCCCUCACACUCACACAUUGUUCUGUGUCCAGCUGUGCCUUGUUCUUCUGUGGGCUGAGAUGACGACAGAAACAAGUGAGGGGGUGGAGAGACAGACAGAGAGAGAGAGACUAAGUGAUUCAGAUUCAGAGCAGUAUGUUCAUUCUCUGAACAUCUCACUGUGAUACCAAUGUAUGCAGCCUGAGGUGUUGUGUCCUGUUACAGAGCCUGUAUAGAAAAAUCCGUUUCCCAAGAUGCAGUGGUGUAGGUGGGCUGGCACUUGGAGAUCACACCUACCGGGACAGUCUGCAGCGCCGGAGAUUGAGGACUCUUUUGACUUUCUUUUUAAAAUCAUCCUGGUCGGAGAUUCAGAUGUGGGGAAGACUUGUGUGGUCCAGAGCUUCAAGUCUGGUAUAUUCAUAGAGAAGCAGCAAAACACCAUUGGGGUUGACUUCACUGUUCGUACCGUGGACAUCGAUGGGAAGAAGAUGCAGGUGUGGGACACAGCAGGACAAGAGCGCUUCCGCACCAUAACUCAGAGCUACUACCGCAGUGCCCACGGGGCCAUGGUGGCCUAUGACAUCACACGCCGCACCACAUUUGAAUCUGUUCCCCACUGGAUCAGGGAGGUGGAGCAGUAUGGAGCUGCAAGCGUGCUACUGAUCCUCAUUGGUAAUAAGUCGGACCUUCAUGCUGAAAGACAGGUGUUGUUUGAAGAUGCCUGCACUCUGGCGGAAAACAACAGUGUGCUGGCUGCUCUGGAAACUUCAGCCAAGGAGGCCCAGAAUGUGGAGGCUGCCUUCAUCCUCAUGGCCCGGGAGCUGCUGGCACGCAAUGGCAUGAACAUGACAGAAGAGUCCCUCCAAGACUCGCCUCAGUUCAUGUUGAGUGACAGCUCCCACCCAGUCCAAGGCACUGUGUCCUCAGAUAAAAAGUGUGGGUGCUGAGCAGACUGACGCACAGGUGUGUUGUUUGAGACGUGUGGAAAAUGGUGGUGGUUGCCUAAAAUGUGUCUGAAGAAUUCCUCAGAGGAAGUAAGUUUAUUUACAUAACCCUUGUUUUAUGAGCAAAUGUGUGUGUGUGAUUGUAAAUAUUGUACAUGUUUAGACUUUUAUUUAUACAGUUAGCGGUAACAGGUUUUGAAUGGCAGUUGCAUAUCAAACAUAUUUUGUAAUCUUCUGAGAAUAACUGCUGCUCAGUGUGAUACUUCACUGGAGGACUACUAAAACUGUAGAACAAUAUACAGCAUGUGUUCACUUGACAAAUAA